AUGCAGCAAAGCUUUUUCAAGUUUAACCUCCAAUCCUCGACGAGUUGGCCCUACCUGGAGUUUCCUUUUGGGAUCAUGGUGUAUUCGUCGUGUUCACCAGCCGUUCUUGAAAAACCGGUGAGUCGGCCAAACUUGGAUCAUGAGCCUUCGGCGCUAUUGGACGGAAAUAUUCAAGCGUUUUUGCGAAGACCCUCAACCGUCUCCGAGGACACAGGUGUGCCUGAUUCUUGA